GCGCACCCGUGUUUUUCUCCUUCAUAGCGGGCGGCCCGUCAAGUUAGUGUGAAGUUGUGAAAAGUUGUCAACCCGAGAAAAGAGCAGAGAAACUCCUCCCGUCUUCAAAUUAUGAGCAAUCAGCAGCAGGGUGAAAUGGCCGCUGUGGGGAGCGGUGGAGGCUUCAGUCAAAAGCGAAACACGAACUCUCAAGACUCACAGCAGCCAUCUCCUCUCGCCUUGUUGGCAGCCACUUGCAGUCGAAUCGACACUCCAGGAGAGAAUGAUUCACCUACAGAACAACAAAACCAGCAACAGCUGGACCUAAACCAGGGUGUUUUCACCUCCAGUGCCAACGGCUGGCAGGUUAUCCCUCUCAGCGUUCAAGCAUCCUCAGGCACUAACACAGUCACCACCGACACUUUAGGGGUGAUGACAGGAGGAGACCUAGGCAAGAGCAGACAGGUGCUGUCACCAUCAGCAGCUGUUGUAAGCACUCAGGGACAGCAGCAGCAGCCACAGCAAUAUGUGGUAGCUCAGGCUCCAUCAAUGCAGGGUCAGCAGGUGCUUACCACCAUAUCAGGUAUGGUGCCCAAUAUUCAGUACCAGGUUAUUCCCCAGUUUCAGACAGUAGAUGGCCAGCCACUGCAGUUCGCACAUACUCAGCAGGAAUCUGCUGUACCUGCUGCAGCAGGACCAGGGCAACAGUUUCAGAUUGUGUCCUCUCCUAAUGGCCAGCAGAUCUUAGCCGCAACCAACAGAGCUGGUGCAGCAGGAAACAUCAUAACAAUGCCCAGUCUCCUUCAGGGAGCCAUCCCCAUACAAAAUAUAAGCUUAGGAAAUGGCGUGUUACAAAACCAGCCACAGUUUCUGGCAAAUAUGCCUGUGUCACUAAAUGGAAACAUCACUUUGUUGCCUGUCAGUACUGGAACAAGUGGCACAGGGGGGGAUGCAAAUGGGGGAGGGGAUACAGGGGGAAAUCAGCUUAUACAACAGCAUUCGCAACAGCCAGUGUCUUCCAACAGUUACAUGACAAGUGCAUCCACUGUUACCACGCAGACCUCCUCUUCUUACGGAAUGACCCAAACGCAGAACAGCAAUGGAGCAGUGACAGGGACAUUUCAGCAGAACACAGCAUCUUCUCUGGGUGUCCCAAUACAACCAGACAACAGAGAUGGGCAGCAGCCACAGCAAAUCCUUCUGCAGCCUCAGCAUGUUAUCCAAGGUGGAACACCCCUCCAGACCAUCCAGGCUGGGACUGUCACGACCGCAGGCGGUCAGGUAUUUGCGACUCCAACGCUCAGCCAGGAAGGGCUUCAAAAUCUUCAAAUUAUGCCAAACACAGGCCCCAUCCUCCUGCGUACUGUAGGCCCUAAUGGCCAAGUGAGCUGGCAGACCAUUCAGAUCCAGAAUCCGACAGGAGCACAGAUCACAUUGGCCCCAGUACAGCCUCUCCCCCAACUCAGUCAGGCUCAGGGAGCUGCUGCAGCUGGAGGAGUAUCUGUCAACACAGUGCAGAUCCCAGGCAUCCAGACCAUAAAUCUGAACACGCUUGGAAGCGCCGGCCUACAGAUGCACCAGCUGCAGGGUGUUCCCAUUACCAUCGCAACAGGAGAGCAGGGGUUACAGACGGGUGGAGAAAGUUUGGAUGAUAGCACAGCCAUGGAUGAUGAGGAUAUAAGCCCACCACCUCAAGGACGACGUAACCGGAGGGAAGCCUGUACCUGCCCGUUCUGCAAGGAUGGAGAAGGACGUGACCCAACUAAAAAGAAGCAGCACAUUUGUCACAUCACUGGCUGUGGUAAGAUCUACGGCAAGACAUCUCACCUGAGGGCCCAUCUACGCUGGCACACAGGAGAGCGACCAUUCGUCUGUGGCUGGGCAUUCUGUGGCAAACGAUUCACCCGUUCAGAUGAGCUUCAGCGCCAUAAGCGGACACACACAGGUGAGAAAAAAUUUGUUUGCCCAGAGUGUCCCAAACGCUUCAUGCGCAGCGAUCACCUCUCAAAGCACAUCAAGACCCAUUUGAACAAGAAAGCAGCAGCCGCCACCACCAGCAGUACCACCACAGUCUCGACCGACGCCACCUCCCCUGCGGCGGGAACAGAAGCCGGCACUGGGGCAGUGUCGGCCAAUGACCAGCACACCAUCGUCACCAUGGAAACCUUAUCUGCAGAGAGCAUAGCUCGAUUAGCCAGCAGUGGGAUCAACAUGAUGCAGGUGGACCUUCACCAGAUGAACGGCAACAGCUAUUAAGGACGGUGGAGGAGCAGGAAGAUGGCCUUGAUGGAUGUUGCAUUCGGACAUUUGGGGUUAAAAAGGGCACAUCUGACUGCAGAAGCAGAACCUCUCAAACACUUAAGACUGGAGAGGUGGCCACAGAUGCAACAAAACAGAUGCUAUUAAAUUUGAAAACUGAGGCAGGAAUAUGAUUUCUAUUUUGUAUUAAGAGAUACCUGUGGCAUUUAAGGGUCAGAGGGUGGAUGAGUUGGAUUAAAAUGUUAGAUUAGAGAAGUCAUCAUGAAAUCUUAUUUCCCCUGAAUGGAAAUCAAACUACACUAACAUUUGUCCCACACAAAGACCCAAUCUUACUUGAUGGGACUGCAAUAAAACACAGACCAGCACAGUUGAUGUUGAAUUGGUAGCUAGUAAUAUUCUCUCUACCAGUAAAGAGAUGACACUACUAAAUCCGACUCUCACACUUGUGUCCAAGGCUGUGAGCUUCGCUACUUGUCCCUCUUCACCUCAGGUGUUUACUGCCCUCUCAAACUGGGCUGCUGUGUCACACCCCUCAGGCUGAUUGGCCCACAUCAGCCCUUAAUGCUCAGUUCCCCCCUAAAACUGAAAAUGUAACGAUCUGGAGCAGCAAAUAUACGUUUCUCAGAUUUCUGUUUUGGGAGAACUAGAUGUGUUCACAAACUAGCAAUCUCAGUAUCGUAGGAAUAAUAUGCAGCGUGUUUUAGGGUGGACCGUUUAGAAGAGGGCUGAAAUACAUGAGGUCACGACCAGGUCAGAGCCAGAAGCACUAAUCAAUGUGAGGAUGUAGGUGUCGGAGCACUGAAAUCCUGAGAAUAACUCUUUAACCUCUUAUGUAGGUACACACAUUCAAGCCAUCAUGCUUUGAUAUGUUUAUCAUAGCAAAAACCUUUUUGAUUUUUUUUUUUAUGUAUAUAUAUAUAUUUUUGGUAAUGUAAAGGCUACAGAUAUACUUAGCAUAGGCAGGAUCAUCUUACAUGAUUGCAAGAGAAUGCCUUUCAGUUGUAUGAACCUCUCAUGCACAAUCAAUCUUAAUCUUAUGUUAUUACUUUUAUAUAUAUAUGUAGAUGAAAUGUGUAAACUUAAGAGCCUCUCUGUCAUAGAAUGUUUUCUAUACAGUCCAGAUCUUCCCAGUACUACUUCCUCUGUGGUAUGCUUAUCUUCUGAGACUUUGCCUUGCAGUCAUGUUGGUUUCUAUUUUCUUUCUGCGGAAAACUAUUUGUUUAGUCAUAUCUGGUCAGAGUGAAUUAUUUUGUUAUGUCCUGACAGCAUAAACUUGUAAGCUCAAAACCAAAGGUUCAUACUCAUUUUAUAAGAAAAACUAGGAAAUCCUUCUUUGGUCCAUGGACUUUCUAAUAAUUUUUACUCUUGAUAUGCAUAUGUUAAAGUUCUAACUGGAAAAGAUCCAGCUUGAGGCAAACCUCGGACACACAUCCCUUUGUUGUUUAAAUAAAUAAGUUGCAAAAGGUGACUUAGUGGUUACAUCAGUUUUUCUGAACAGCUCUUUCUCACUAUUAUUUUCUUUGCUUCAGUAUUCUGCUUAAUUUUACAUAAUUCAUUUGUAACAUGUGUAAAGUGUUUAAAAACUUUCCUUUGAAACUCUCUUUAGAGUAAGUUCAAACAACAAGUGCUCUUACUUUUCUUUUUACCCCGUUUUAAAUAAGGGAUUUUAUAUUGUGUGUAAACAACUACUGCAAAUGCCAACAGCUGGAUUAAAAUUAUGAAUAUA